AUGGAUUUCCGCAAAAACCCUGAACAUUACAUUUAUUUAUGUUUAUUCACUUUAUUUUCUUAUUCAGUGAUUUAUUGUAUUCUUCCAGAAAAAUUUGAAAAUAUAUCAGAUCUUGAAGAGGUGAUUUGAUAUAGUUCAUUGAUUUCUUCGAAAUAAAUUAUUUCAGACAGGUCAACAUACUUUAUCAUUUUUGGAAGCUAAGCUUUAUGCAAAGCCAGCUUAUGUUCCUAAUGUAAUGAAUCCAAAAUCACCAACUGAUCGAAUGGUGGAAGCAUUAAGGCAACGAUUUAAACCAAAUGUUCAACGCCCUGUUAAAGAAGCUGAUACUGAUAUCACAUCUGAUUGA